AUGAUGGCCGCCUCAGGUGUUUCCACCACUAUUCCCUCCUCAUCCGCCACCUCUCCCUCCUCCCACAAUCAGACGUCGCAGCAGCAACACUCGUCGUCGGCCUUUUCUCCCGUCACCUCACCUCCCGCGACCGACGCCCGAAGCGUUUAUUCCGCUGCUUCUCGCUCCAACUCGGUCGUCUCGACGCCCGUUUCCGCUGCAUCGCCUGCCGCGAGCACUCCCGGCGGUGCUCCCACACCAAAUCCGAGCGGACCGACAAAUGCCUCCCACGCCCCGCACCAACUACCUGCCAUCAGACCGAACGCUGCACAACAACAACCCAUCUCAGCCAGGCCGCCUCAGGUCGUGAACAAAAUGUCCAUGGCCUCCGUAAUCAGUCCCCCGCCCGUCACCGAGGCCCCCAAGAUGUCCAUGACCACCAAGGAAUGGGUCAUCCCUCCCAGGCCGAAGCCCGGCCGCAAGCCUGCCACCGAUACGCCACCCACCAAGCGCAAGGCCCAGAACCGUGCCGCCCAGAGGGCUUUCCGUGAGCGUAGGGCCGCCAGAGUUGGCGAGCUCGAGGAGCAGCUCGACGAAAUCCGUGAUGGUCACGAAAAGGUCGAAAAAGACCUCAAGGACAAGGUCCACGGUCUUGAGAUGGAGCUGCAAUCUUUCAAAUCCCGGUGCCUCGUGCUCGAAAACAUGUUGGAUCGCGAGAGAAAGGACCGCGUCAAAGCCGAGUCCGAACUCGAAAGCCAGAAGAGACGUUGGAACGAGCAGCAGGCCGCGGCCCCGAGACGUCUGCCUUCUCCCCAACGCCGAGGCUCCCAAAUCGCUCACCACGAGCAUCCCCCCACCCCAUCGGCUGGCCACUCAAACCAGCCCUUUUCCAUCUCACAGAUCGUCUCCCCCCAAGACUCAACCCACAUGGAAGACUCGCCUGCCCCGUUUGGAUGCGGGUCAUGCGGCCCUGAAGGCUGCUCCUGCGCCAACGAAAUUCUUGCCGAUACCGUCACAGGAUGUGGCGGCUGCACUCUCGGAGGUCGAUGCCAGUGCCUUGAAGACACCAUCAAAAGCGCCAUCAUCUCGGAUCUAAAGAGGAGCCACUCGCCCUCGGCGCCGGCUUCCACCGAGAAGCGUGCCCGUGUCGAGCCCACUCCACCCGAGGAGGAGACGGAGAUUGACUUCACCGCCAUGUUCUCCAAGAAGGCACCAGUGCAGCAGGUGCAACAGGUGCCGCAGCAUCAGCAGGCGAACCUUGCCAUUGUGCAGCCUCAGCCCCAGCUCCCUCCCGUGGCCUUCAAGGACUCGUGUGGGUUUUGUAAGGACGGAAGCUACUGCCUCUGCGCCGACACUUCCAUGUCGCUUGGCCCGCCCGCCACUACCCCUUACGGACCUCCUCCCGCCUAUUCCCAGCAGGUUCAGACUCCCCCUCCCUCAGAGAACGAUGCCGUCCCUCCCCCUAUGCCCAUGGAGAUCGACGCCGACGGCGCCGUCAAGCUCCGUCCCCGUCCCCAGACCGUCCAGCCUGUCGCUCCCGUCUCCCGCGGCUGUGGCCCCAAGGGCCCCGGAUCUUGCGCUCAGUGCCUCGCCGACCCAAAGUCGGGUCUCUUCUGCCGCGCCCUGUCCGCCAACUUUGAGCGCAGCGGAGGAAGCAGCUCCGGAGGCGGCGGAUGCUGCGGCGGUGCCGGUGCUGGAGGCGGAUGCUGCAAGUCCGAGUCCGCGCCGCCACCCCGUCUCCCGGCAAAGGGACGCCUCGGCCUGAGCCUGAGCUGCGCAGAAGCCUACCAGACCCUCUCCAGCCAUCGCAACUUUGAAAAGGCCGCCGACGACAUUGGCUCUUGGCUUCCCAAGCUUCGCGCCGCGCCGAAGCCGGGCCAGACGCUGCCUUCGCCCUCCCGUCUGCCCAUCGAGGUCGAGGCGGCGAGUAUCAUGAGCGUGCUCAAGGAUUUUGACAUUCGCUUUGGCAGAGGCCAGUAA